UGCGCGCUAAAAUCAUGUUUCAAUCAUAGCCGUUAGAUGGCCUCUCUUUUGUUUACCAUAUGGCCGCAUGGCUUACUGAUUAGAACCAUUCAAAAUGCAAAGUAGUCGCCGACAAAAAAACCGUCUUCCGUUAAACUUUAUUUUGCAACGGCAACAUACUUUAUCCACCAAUAUCUUGAAGAAUCUAAACUGGAAAAUCCUGAAAUCUCUCAUUACCUGGAAAGAAGGAUUUGUUCUGAAGGAAAUUAAAACGUUCCAGGGCGCCAAAAGUUGCAGCAGAAUCAUUUACAGCGAUGGUUAUCUUAUAAUUAAAGAUGUCUCUUCAUCAAACACCUUGAAAAUUUACAAUUUGAAUGGACAUGAUAGAUUGCCGUUUCUGAAAUAUAAAAUCUCUGACAAUGAAGAAUGGAAGGAUCGCAGUUAUGGAAUAAGUCCUGUGUUUCUUAAUUCUUCAAGCUAUAUUCCUCAUAAAGAUGGUUACAAAACAGGAUUAUACUACAUCACUGCAAGGAAACUGCAUUUACUCACACCUGACAGUGGAGUUGUUGAUUUUGUAACUCUUCCUGAAGGUUAUCGGUUUUCCGAGCUUGCCGUUGAUGAUGAAACCCACACAUUAGCCGUUUCUUCGGUGAAGAAUCCCAAAGCAAAUACUUUGGUGGUCUUUGCUCUGUAUGAAUAUUAUCCUCGCCUGAAGUUUCAACAAACUUUACAGAUUCAAAAGUCUACUUUUGGGGCCUCAAUAACUGGAGCUGAAAUUAAUCAAGGAUUGCUUUUAACACUGCACAAAAAUAACAAAGUCAAAGUCUACAGCCUUCCCACAGUUUGUCAACAGCAAGAAUUUUCCGCUCCUCCUGUACUUUUUGAAAUUCACACCUUCAACCACGUUAUGUUAAUUGGCACGACUCCUUACUAUUUAAUAAAGGCGACGCAUAUGAACUCAUUUUUUAUUCAGAACUUAGAAGACGGAAUAGCGCUAUGUUCAAUCGAAGGGAAGCCAGAUUCGUUUGAGCCUUAUAUUGGUUUUCAUCCUGACGCAUCUCCUCGGUUGAUCUUCACUGAUAACGGAACCCUACGGUUAUUUAACAUAAUCAGUAAAGAUGGGACGCCAUCGCUCGUUCCUGGGAGUCUUCAUGCACUUGAUGAUAUUGACGAAAGUGUUUCAAUUGACAACGUUUCUACUACUACAACCACAAGAACCGGGCGUACAGUCAAGAAACCUGUCCGUUCAUCUGUUUAUUCCCAUACAAGCGACGACGAUGAAACGACUCAAUUAACUUGGGACUAUGAAGACGAUCUCAACCUUUUGGGAGUGCUUUACGCUCGUCAAGUGAAUGAACGCAAUCCUUACUUAAAAUUAACUCUCGAUCUCGUGGAUUCGAAAAGUGGAAAGCGGCUAAGGAGGAUCGAAUUUGAUCGCAAAAUUCGAAUAUCUAAAUUUGAUAACCCCGAAAUAUAUCUGCGACUAGACGCUGAUCAGUGCCUCAUUUCCAUCUCACGUGGCAGUUCAACAUCUAUUCUUGCAUUCCGUUUCAUCUCAACUGGCAGCAUUUGAUUUCUAAGCUUAACAACUUUAGUUUUGAGAGCAGCGUGAGCGGCCAUAUGUCUGGCUCGAAGAGCGACAACUUCGGGAGUUUCAGUAGGAGCGAUCGGCAAAUCGUUUGACAUAACACGGUACCCUUUGGAAUCGGAUACGUAUGCAACGUUGAUCUCCCUCCCUUCCGGAUUCAUGUAAGCCCAACUUCCAAUCUGAAAUCCGUUUCCAUUCCGAACAUUGUAGGCAGCCUGUCCCAGAUAAGCGUAUCCAAAGACAUUUUUCCCGUUUUCAUUCCGAGAGUAAUAUUGCACAGAUAAAGGGGUGUAGGCCGUGCUGAUGAAGCAGUUUUUACUGUUUGGAACCGUGCAAGGGGCGUAGGGCACGUCUCUGUUGUAUGUAGGUUUUGUAGAAGUUUCCAGGACGACGUAUGCGAAUAAGAUAAUGGCAGCAAU